UGUUUGUAUUGUAAUAUUGUUUGUUACUAAAAAACAAAUUAUUGGAUACACCACGAUCUGUCAUAGACCAGUUGAAAUGUGUUUAUGUAUGGAUGUAUUGUACUUAUAGUAUUUGUAUACAUUGUAAAACAAAAUAACAUUUUCUUAUUUUUAUGAAAUAAGAAAAAACUUUAUUUCAUUCCGUGUUACAAAAGAUCAAUACGAAUUGCUACCAUGAAAGUAGGUACAAUAUGUAACUAUAUUCGUUUGUUUUCAAUUGAACAUAUUGUCCCAAAAGUUUGUAUUGUUGGUGCAGGACCAGCAGGAUUUUAUGCAGCACAACAAUUACUAAAGACUUCCAGCAAUAUUAAUGUGGAUAUAUUGGAAAAAUUGCCAGUACCAUUUGGUUUAGUACGUUUCGGCGUAGCUCCAGAUCACCCAGAAGUGAAAAAUGUUAUUCACACUUUUGAGAAAACUGCAUCUAAUCCACGUUUUCAAUUUAUAGGAAAUGUUAACGUAGGACAAGAUGUCACUAUAAAACAAUUGCAAGAAAUGUACCAUGCAGUAUUGUUGACAUAUGGUGCAGAGGAAGAUAAAAUAUUUAAUAUACCUGGAGAAAAUUUAAGUAAUGUAAUAUCAGGACGACGUUUCGUUGGUUGGUACAAUGGAGUACCAGAAGAUAGUACUUUAAAAAUUAAUUUAGAUGUAGAAGAAGCAGUUGUGUUAGGGCAAGGUAAUGUUGCUAUAGAUAUUGCAAGAAUUCUGUUAACACCGAUAGACAAACUAAAGAAUACUGACAUAACAUCAUUUGCUUUGGAACAAUUAUCACAAAGUAAAGUACGUAAAGUAUCAUUGAUAGGAAGAAGAGGACCAUUACAAGCUGCUUUUACAAUCGCUGAACUGCGUGAAAUAUUAAAAUUGGAUGGUUGUAGAACUUAUUGGCGCACAGAUGAUUUUGUGAAUAUAAAGAAUGUAGUUAACACCUUAGCAAGACCACGAAAAAGAUUGACUGAACUUAUGCUAAAGUAUUUAGAAGAAACACCUAUCGAUAGAGUAAAUGUAAAAGAAUUACAUCCAAUAUUCUUUCGAAGUCCUGUAGAAUUUUUCGGUUCUAAUAGUGUAAAUAGUGUUAAACUAUCAAUAAAUCGACUCGAAGGCGAUAAUAUACUUUCACAAGUUGCGAUACCGACUGGAACUUUUGAAGAAAUUCCAUGUGGACUGGCGUUUCGUAGUAUUGGUUACAAGUCUACUCAGAUAGAUACAUCGAUACUGUUUGAUCACAAAACUGGUCGUAUUAAAAAUUCUGAAGGCAAAGUUGGAACUAAUCUUUAUGCUGCUGGUUGGGUUGCAACAGGCCCUGUAGGAGUUAUAUUGUCAACAAUGACAAAUGCGUUUCAUGUUGCUGGGUUAAUAAGUAAAGAACUAUCACUUUUAGGCAGCAAACCAGGUGCGAUAGAUCUUUUUAAAAUUCUGACUCAAAAAGGUAUACGUACAGUAUCGUACAAUGAUUGGAAGAAAAUUGACAAAGUAGAGUGUGAAAAAGGAAAAGAAUUGGGAAAACCACGAGAAAAAAUAGUUAAUAUUAACAAAAUGUUAGAGAUCGCUUUAAAAUAAUAGAAAUGUACGAAAAUUAUUGAAAGAAAUUAGAUAAAUAGAAACUUAUACUUUUUCCAAGAUUUUGUUUAUACAUAUAGCUGUAAUAAAUAUAUCUAAGAAGAUGUAUAUAUAGAACUAUUUUUCAUUAUACUUCAACUAUAAAUGGUGAAUUCCAAUUAAUCCGUACUUAUAAAUCAUCGAUAUCUUAUAUUAUUUACAUUAUAAUAUGUGAAUAUAUCACUCGAUUACAGCUAGUAGCUGAUAAAUAUAAUCUUUUAUAAAAUAAAUAAAUUUGUAAGGAUUUUUUAUAUACCCGAACCUCUCUAUUUCAUGAUUAAACUGGAUAGGAAAUAAAUUAAUAAGUAUCUAUAGGGCUAUGAUUCAUCGAUUAAAGUUUUCUGCCAUAUUUAAAAGAAAAUAAUCUAUAUGAAAACGCUAUGAAAACACGUUUGCAAACAAUUAUUUUGAUCAGUUAAAUAAAUAAAUUCAAAUUUUCAUCUAUUUUCAAAUGUCGCGUAUGCUGAAUAGUCUCGCCAUCUAGCGAACUUUUGGCGGUAAAACGCCCGAAAUAAUAUUUGCUAAAUUGCACCAAAAAAUAUAAAAUUGUAAGGAUGUUUCACUACUUACUAGCACGGCAUAA